AUAUUUUACUUAUUUAGAUACAGUUGCUGGUCCGGUGGACAUCAAAAAAUGUCGUUAAAAAUAAUUCCAAUAAUUUCAAUUUUAAUAUUAAGUGUAGCUAGUGAACCUUUCCGAUUUGAUAAUUAUACUUUAUACAAAGUUCUACCGAAGAAUUUGGAAGAAAUUAAAUUACUUGAAGAUUUGCAAAAUUCUGGAGCUGAUUUUGAUUUUUGGGAUGAUCCAGUACCGACUGCUGAUUAUAUCAACGUUUUGUCUAAGCCUGAAUUAAAGAAUGAUCUUGAAGGAUUUUUGGCAGCUCAAGGAAUUGAUUUCGUAGUUACUCUGCCAAACAUUCAAGAAUUAAUAGACAAGGAAAAGAAGAAACGUUAUACAAGGAGCAAUGUCAAAACCAUGAAAUGGGAUGACUAUUAUACUUUAGAAGACAUAUACGAUUGGCUUGAUGAUCUCGCUAAAGUAUUUCCUGACGUAGUUUCAACUAUAGUCGGUGGAACGUCCCAUGAAGGCCGUAUUAUCAAAGGAGUUAAGAUUUCCCAUGGGCCUGGUCGUAGAGCCGUUUUUAUAGAAAGUGGUAUCCAUGCUAGGGAAUGGAUUGCACCAGCUACAGCUAAUUACGUGAUUAAUCAGCUUCUGUAUAGUAAUGAUGAGGAAACUAAGGCAGCUGCACGUGAAUUUGAUUGGUAUAUCUUUCCUGUGACCAAUCCUGAUGGUUAUAUUUGGACGCAUGUUGGAUACAGGCUAUGGCGUAAGAACAGACGUAAAUUCGGUGAUGAAUACGGCGUGGAUCUCAACAGAAACUGGAACGAUAAUUGGUUAGUGAUAGGAGCCAGCUCAAAUCCUGCCAGCAACACUUACGCCGGUCCUGGUCCAUUUUCUGAGAUGGAAACCAGAACUUUAGCCACAUACAUAGCGAAUAUGGCCGAUAAAAUAGACUUGUAUUUAUCUUUCCACUCUUCGGGACAAAUUCUUUUGCUGCCUUUCGGAAACACUACUGAACCGUUGGCUAAUUAUUAUGAUGCUAUGAAGAUUGGUAGACGUGCUUUGGGAGCAUUGGCGUUCAGACAUGGAACGCAGUACACUAUAGGCAAUAUUGCUGAAGCUAUUUACUUUGCAGCAGGAACAAGCGUAGACUGGGUAAAGGAACAUCUGAAAGUACCUCUAACAUACUGCUAUGAGCUUCGAGACCGAGGCGUCUACGGCCAUCUGCUCCCACCAGACCAGAUCUUACCAACUGGAGAAGAAACUAUGGAUUCUAUUAUCGAGAUGGUGUGGCAAGCCAAGAGAUUUGGUUACAUGAAAGCUAGUUUGCAAGACAGUGAUCCUAGGUUCGAUUUCUGGACAGAACCUAGUGCUUUGGUCAAUAAUGUAGAUGUUUUGUCCAGUCCUGAACAUAAAAGUGAAUUUGAAAGUUUAUUGAAAGCUUAUAAUGUGGAGUUUGUUAUAUCAAAUCCCAAUAUUCAAGAAGCAAUAGACAGAGAACCAGUCAAAACUUACACCCAAAGAAACCUCAGAAGCAUGACAUGGAAUUCCUACUACGACUUAGAUGGCAUUAAUCACUGGAUCGAUGAUCUAGCUAUAUCUUACCCAAGUAUAGUAACCAUUCUAAAAGGUGGUACGACUUACGAAGGCCGUGAAAUCAAAGGCUUGAAAAUAUCCCACGGUGAAGGCAGAAGAAUAAUCUUCUUGGAAGGAGGAAUCCACUCAAGGGAAUGGAUAUCACCAGCUACAGUUAACUUUAUCACUAAUGAGCUACUUACUAGUAAUGAUGAAGAAACAAUUGCUGCAGCUAGAGAUUUUGAUUGGUAUAUCUUCCCAGUAACUAAUCCUGACGGCUAUAUUUGGACUCAUACAGUGAAUAGGAUGUGGCGCAAGAAUAGAAGACCGGUUGGCAACCAUGUCGGUAUCGAUUUGAACAGAAACUGGAAUAAUAACUGGCUUGUUGUUGGUGCAAGCAGCAAUCCAGCGCUAGAUACCUAUGCAGGUCUUGGACCAUUCUCAGAACCGGAGACCAGAUCCCUAUCAACGUUCAUAGAAUCUAUUGGAGACAAGAUUGAUAUGUACCUUUCCUUCCACUCGUACAGUCAGCUGUUGAUGUUGCCUUUUGGAAAUACUACUGAACCUUUGGCUAACUAUGAAGACGCUAUGAAGAUUGGUAGGCGUGCUAUGGGUGCUUUGUCGGUCAGAUAUGGUACUAGCUAUGAAACUGGAAACAUCGCUGAAGUUAUCUACCAAGCAUCUGGUGGCAGCGUAGACUGGGUAAAAGAACGCCUCAAAGUUCCUCUAGUCUACUGCUACGAGCUUCGAGAUAACGGCACCCACGGGUUCAUUCUACCAGAAGACCAGAUUCUAUCGAAUAACUUGGAAGUCAUGGACUCGAUACUGGAACUUAUAUUGCAAGCUAGAAGAUUUGGGUAUAUGAGCAGUGGAAAUAUUGCUAAUUCUUCUGUGGUUUUAAUCUCUAUGGCAUUGUUAGCUAAGUUAUUGCAAGACUAAUUUAUUAAGUAUCCAUGUUGUUUAUUAUUGUUAAAUAAAUGAAAUUUUCUUUUGUAUUUUAUUUUUGGAUCAACACAAUAAUUGUGUAAUAUUAAAACUACAUAGCCUAAUUAAAUUGAAUGACUAUUAAAAAUUUAAAUGAAUAAAUCAUUGAAACCA